AUGACCACAUGCGCCCAAUCUGCGCCAGACUUUUCUGAUAGUCUCUUGAGUAUGACAGAACAAUCCAACUUGAACCCAUCACCCCCGUUGGUCAUGCACCCGGCAUUGACAAACCUCGAAGUAAUAUGCACCAUUAGCUCGUACACUCAACACGGAUCGCUUCCUGCACUUGCAUCCACAUGUCGCGCAUUUAAGCACCUAGCACUUAAUGCCCUGUGGAGGGACCUGCAGUCUGUGGAGCCACUUGUCAAAUGUUUACCAAGUGACUUGUUUAGCAUCGACCAGGGUCGUGUGGUAUUACAGAAACCUAUUGACAGUAAGCUGUGGGACACUCUUUUUGAAUACUCGUCCCGCGUGCACUCGAUCACUGUAACACAAAAAAGCAUCCCUUCGACGGUUACCGAGCCCCUCAGUAUGCUAAUACUGUCUAGUCCUUCGACAACUGCGUCUUGGUUCCCAAACCUUCAUAAAUUGACGUGGCAUGCUGAUGGAACACACAUCUUCGCACCGUUUUUUGCGCAUGGCUCUAGUACCGUCUAUGUUGUCCUUUCAUCUCUCGGGACAUUGUGUCCUUAUCUCCAAAACGUAACUAUGUCCAUUCCGAGUCAACGUCAAAGCGAUAACUUCAAGUUGUUGCAUCAAAUUUCACCCUUCAUCGCACGGCCUAUUUCUCAGCUCCAUCAUCUUCAUACGUUGUCGAUAUGGGAUGCAGGAAGGGAAAUCACGGAGCACGUCAUGAAGAUACGAGCCAUGCAGUCACUGAGCUUGGAUUUAAGGACAUCAUCAGCUUGGAAUGAAAAACCGCGUUUUCAGUUCCCAGGCUUCGAUGAUUUGACAUGGUUCAGCCUUUCCACAGAGACAAUUGAGCAUGCCUCAAAUGUCUUCAGGUCCCUUCAAAUCGUCAAAUGCAAAAAAAUCAAGGUCGGCAUCACGUCCCACCGUGAGACGGAUUGGUUAUCGGAAUUCUUCUCGGAAAAUGAAAUCGCGACAAUAUCCCAAUUCCUCACCAUACUCAAGGAGAGAUGCGAUCACGACAAACUUGAAUGCUUCUCUCUCAGAAUAGGAUAUUCGAAGGGUCUACGCACAAAAUGGGGCGACUUCACGUCAUUGCGCGCAUUUCCCAAUCUAACCCACCUGCUUAUAGAAGGGGCCGGCAACAUUUCGAUAUCUGAUGAGACACUGUGCCAGUUGGCGAGAGCCUGGCCUAAGCUCAAAGCCCUCAAAAUCAGCAGCUUUAUCGUCACCGAUGGCACCACCAAAGUACCAACAUUCCAUGGGCUAAUUAAUUUGCUUUGGUGCUGUCCCGCUUUGACCAAGCUCGCUCUUGUCAUAGAUACCACCAAGUCGGACGGUAUAGAUCUCAAGUGCCCCGGCGGCGGACGCUGCAAUAAGCGUCUCGAAUUUCUCACUCUGGGAAAUUCACGCAUCAGUGGCCCGGUGAACGUGGCUCUCAUCAUCAGCGGUCUCUUCCCCUACUUGAAGGAGGUCGAUCUUUCUUGUUGGGAAAGACCCCCAAUGAAUACAACGGCCAAUAGGAAGGCAGACAUGGGGAAAUGGGCGACAGUCAAUAUGAUGCUCCGUGGCUUCAGCGUUGCAAAGGAGCGGAGCAUCGAAACAUGGUCUGACUGUUUAUAG